AUGUCUAAUUAGAAUAAGAAAGCAUCGUACAUUAAGCCAUUUCUUUUUGGUGGAAUUUCAGGGUGUACAGCUGUAGCAGUUAUUAUGCCCUUGGAUACAUGGAAGGUUAGACUUUAGAUAUACGGGGAAAGUAAAGGAAUAAGUUAUGGUUCAACAAAGGUUUCUCCGAUAGAAGUGGCGAAAGAGAUGUAUAAAGUGGAGGGAUUGAAGGGGUUCUAUUAAGGGUAUUUAGGAAUGUUAUGUAAUGUUAGAAUGGGAUCUGCAAUGUUGAGACAAUUAACUUAUGCUACAGCCAGACUGGGAAUAUAUAAAGUAAUUGCAGAUUCAGUCAAGAUCAACUAAAAAAGUAAGAUUGGCUUAAUAAACUCACUAGGGGACCUCAGUUUCUUUGAGAAGGUUGCUGCAUCUUCUUUUUCUGGUUUAUGCGGAGCUUUGAUUGGGAACCCUACCGAUAUUUGCUUAGUAAGAUUUUAGGCUGAUGCAACUUUGCCAAUUGCAGAACGUAGGAAUUACAAAAAUGCCUUUGAUGCUUUGUACAGGAUUACCAAGGAGGAAGGACUGCCUACUUUGUGGAGAGGAUCAACUCCUACAGUAUUAAGGGCGAUUGCAAUCACAGUUGGUUAAUUGACUACUUAUGAUGAGAUCAAAGAAUGGUGUAUGAAAAUAUUUUUAAGAAAGAGGGAAACAAUGUCUGAUAGAAUCAUGUAUAAAAGAUUUCAUAAAUUAGGGCUUCAGUUGGAGCUGGUGUGGUUACAUCUGUCUUAUCAUUACCUUUUGAUAAUAUGAAGACUAAACUUUAGAAAAUGAAAGUCAAAGCUAAUGGAAAGUAUCCUUAUUCAGGAAUUGCUGAUUGUUUUGCAAAAACCAUUUAAAGAGAGAAACUUACAGGUUUAUGGGUGGGAUUACCAGUCUAUUUUGCAAGAGUGGCUCCUUAAUCAAUCAUAAUAUUGUUGGUAUAAGAUUUACUUCAUCGUGUAUUUGAGACACAUUGA